CGAUCAUCAUUCAUUAAUGGGCUACGUUCGGUGGCAGGUAGCAUAUUCAACAUGCCAAACGAGUAUUUCAUGUCGAAGUAUGACCGUAAGUCUGUCCCGCAGGUCACAGACCUCAUUGGAUGGGAAGCAGGCAAGGGGAAGGUGUUCGAUGUUUUCAAGGCGCCAAUACUCUACCCCGAUAAUGUCAUCAAUGAGAAGAGAGUGUUCAAAAAUUGGAUGGUGCUCGCAAAGGUUGUCAAGGUUGCGGUCUGCGGCAAAAUGUCGUUGUUUCCAAAGGCACGCAGUGGCCUGCCUCCCUAUGCCAAAAUUUGGCAGCUCACAAGCUGCACUCCAGGCCUAAUUGCCUUCGGUGUCACAUCAAUCAUUUUUAUCCUGUCCCCUGAUCAAGAAUUCUCGGGCGAUGGCAUUGGAGCCAUAUUGUUGAUCUCGUAUCACUCUGUCUUCCGAACUGUCAAGAAAUUCUUUGUUGUCAAAAGGGGACACGAACACGUCAAGAAUAUUGUGCAGCAAAUCAAUGAUUAUAUUUUUGACGGCACUACCAAGACACAGCCAGAUUGUUCUUUGGACACCGCAGUAGAGGAUAUCACUGAUUCACUUGAUCGUGUCAUGGCCGCACUUGACGCUGAAAGUGAUUCAGAC